CCCGAAGACCCAUCGGCCUGAUCGGUGAUCGGCUGCGCCUCCUGGUGAACCGCAGUGCCCGGCGUCACGCAGAGCUGAGCGCCUUCUAGCGGGUUCACUGGUAGUGGUGAUAAUUCGCCAACCCAACAAAAGGACUGGAGCUGUGUCCUUGUUAUUGGACGUUGGUGCAAGUUUUCCGCUGAAGGAGUGGACAACUGAACCCCCGCAGACUUUUCCAGCCUGUGGUUAUGGAAUAGCGGGGCAGAUAGGAGCCAGGCGUUAGGCCUGUGGAGAUCUUACGUUAGCUAGCCGUGCUAGCUGAUGUGAAGGCGGUCUGUCCUUGUUUGGGCGCUGUGCUAACUAGCUAGGUGCUAUUUUUGUUAGCAUAACAGAAAGCGACCCGGGAGGUGUUGGCUUGUUUUGGUUUGGGUAUGUUGAGUGAACCUGUCAGGGGUCAACCGCUGUUGUUUUUAACUUUCCAGUAGUUUUAUGUUAACCCAAAAAUACAACACUGUAUAGUAUGGGAGCUAGCGAGCUAAGUAUGGGUUUCACAAAGUUUAGCUUUUGUUUUGGUGGGUGUUAAACUAUUCAUACAACGGACUGUAUGUUGAUGAUCGAACGUUAUUUAGACGCAGGCCAGACCGCACAUAAUCGCUGCCCCUCGUCUGGACUAUAAUUUAAUAUUUGUAUACAUUUCCGUUCUUGACUCCUCGUCCCGCCGACCGCCGUCUACUGUCUUUGGUCGGCUUCAGUGGCUGGCCCCUCGGCACGGAGUGCCCAAUGGAGGAACAUGACAACAUGGACUAUUUUUACCAGCAGGUCGUGCAAAAAGACGUUACCCGCAGGCUGCAGGUCGGUCAGGACCUUAUUGACUACCUGAACGACCCUCUCCGGUCACAGGACGUGGAGCAGGACAAACCUCGGCUGGAUAAGACCAUAGAUGAGCUGACGGGAUGGGUAAACUCCAGCAAUUUCAAGGUGGCAUUGAUGGGGAUAGAUAUCUGCGGUGCAUUUGUAGAUCGCUUGGGAGAGCGGUUCAAAGGAAACCUGGCCACAGUUUUGCCAGCUCUGGUGGACAGAAUGGGUGAUGGGAAGGACCAGGUCAGGGAGAACAGCCAAGCUCUAAUCCUUCGCUGCAUGGAGCAGACUGCGUCACCCAUGUACGUUUGGGAAAGACUGCUUCUUGGUUUUAAACACAAGAACUUCCGCAGUCGAGAAGGAGUCUGCCUCUGUCUCAGUGCCACACUCAGCGCGUAUGGAGCCCAGUCACUGAGCCUCAGUAAAAUAGUCCCUCAUCUCUGCUCUCUAACUGGAGAUCAGAACCCACAGGUACGUGAGGCCGCCAUUACGUCAUUGGUGGAUGUUUAUCGUCACGUCGGGGAGAGGGUCAGAGCAGACGUGGGAAAGCGAGGCCUGCCUGCUGCGCGGUUGCAGGCGAUAUUUGCUCGUUUUGAUGAAGCCUUGAAUUCAGGCAACAUGGCUCUCAGCCCGAGUCACGAUCGUAAUUUUGAAGAUGACGACAGUGUGGAUGGGAGCCGUUCUUCCUCGGCUCAGGCUGCCUUCAAGGUCCCAAAGGUUCCCAAAAAGCCUGCAGAGUCCUCGGCUGCACGCAGACCCAGUGCUACUGGCAACAAGCUAGUAUCUAAGGAAAGUACUGGGGGAGUUGAUGAAGAUGACUUCAUUAAAGCCUUCACAGAUGUCCCUGCUGUCCAGAUCUACUCAGCAAGAGAUCUUGAGGAUAACCUGAAUAAAAUCCGUGAGAUCUGCUCUGAUGAUAAACACGACUGGGACCAGAGAGCCAGUGCUAUGAAAAAGAUUCGUUCACUGCUGGUCGCAGGAGCAACCAGCUACGACUGCUUCUACCAGCACCUACGGCUACUAGACGGAGCCUUCAAGCUGUCUGCUAAAGACCUGCGCUCACAAGUGGUCAGAGAGGCCUGCAUCACUGUGGCCCACCUCUCGACAGUGUUGGGUAAUAAAUUUGACCAUGGAGCAGAAGCCAUUGUUCCUGUCCUGUUCAACCUCAUUCCCAACUGUGCCAAAAUCAUGGCAACCUCUGGUGUGUCAGCUAUCCGCAUCAUCAUACGGCACACACACGUCCCUCGGCUCAUCCCUCUGAUAACCAGCAACUGCACAUCCAAGUCUGUGUCUGUUAGAAGGCGUUGCUAUGAUUUCUUGGAGCUUCUGCUACAGGAAUGGCAAACCCACUCUCUAGAGAGGCACACAACAGUUCUGGUUGAGAGCAUCAAGAAGGGAAUUCGAGAUGCCGACUCAGAGGCCAGAGUGGAGGCCCGCAAGGCCUACUGGGGUUUAAGGAACCAAUUUCCAGCAGAGGCCGACUCCCUCUACAACUCCUUAGAGUCCUCGUACCAGAGGACCCUUCAGUCUUGCCUGAAGAGCUCUGGCAGUGUGGCCUCACUUCCUCAGAGUGACCGCUCCUCAUCCUCCUCUCAGGAGAGCCUCAAUCGCCCUCUGUCUUCUAAAUGGUCAGCAGCUCCAGGGCGAGUCCCUGCGGGUUCAAAGGGUGGGGUGUCGUCGGUGUCCCUGCAACGUUCCCGUAGUGAUGUGGAUGUAAACGCAGCGGCAGUCGCUAAGCACCGGCACGUCGGAAAGGCUGGGGGGGGAGCCGGCCGCCUGCCCCCUGGCUCCUACUCUUCACUGGAUGAUGCCUCUGAUAAAACGGAUGGGACCAGGUCAGACAAUGGCCGUGUACGUACCAAGCAGCCCCUGUCCACUGCCAGCAGCAUGUCCAGCCAAGUGGACUCAAGAGGACGCAGUCGUACCAAGAUCGUCUCCCAGUCACAACGUUCCGACGAAUCCGAUUGCACACCAGGAUCUCAGUCUGCUACCCCUGUUGGUGCCGGCAGUCGGAGUGGUUCUCCAGGUCGUGUGCUGACGAGUACGGCGCUGAGCACCAUGAGCUCAGGGGCCCACAGGGUGUUGGCUGGAGCCAGUGGAGACGGACGCAGACGUAGCCGCAUCCCUCGAAGCCAGGGCUGCUCCAGAGACUCUUCACCCACUCGGCUAUCUGUUGCUCCUUCCAGUAUUAGUUCCAUCUACAGCAGCGCAAGUAGAGGAGCUCGGGGCAGUCGUAUCCCUCGGCCCAGUAUGAGUCAGGGCUGCAGCAGAGAAGCCAGCAGGGAGAGCAGCCGGGACACCAGCCCCGUACGCUCCUUCACACCACUUGCAACGCGGAGCUACUCUCGCUCCACCGGAGCUCUUCACACACCUGAUGCUUUUGGGGCUGCAGGAUCAGGUUUGGGCAUCAGUCAGUCCAGUCGUCUCUCAUCAUCUGUCAGUGCCAUGAGGGUCCUUAACACGGGCUCUGACGUAGAAGAGGCUCUCGCAGAUGCACUACUGUUGGGAGACAUGCGGUCCAAGAAGCCCGCACGGCGGCGGUAUGAGAACUACAGCAUGUACUCUGAUGACGAUGCUAACAGUGACGCGUCCAGUGCCUGUUCAGAAAGAUCCUAUAGCUCUCGCAAUGGAGGAUCUAUCCCAACCUACAUGAGGCAGACAGAGGACGUGGCUGAGGUGCUGAAUCGCUGCGCCAGUUCCAACUGGUCUGAGAGGAAGGAGGGACUGUUGGGCCUACAGGCUCUACUUAAAAUGCACCGCACCCUCAGCCGUGUGGAGUUAAAGAGACUGUGUGAAAUCUUCACCAGGAUGUUUGCAGACCCUCAUAGUAAGGUGUUCAGCAUGUUCCUGGAGACGCUGGUAGACUUCGUCGUGGUCCAUAAGGACGACCUACACGACUGGUUGUUUGUCCUGCUCACACAGCUGUUGAAGAAGAUGGGAGCUGACCUGCUGGGUUCUGUACAGGCCAAAGUUCAGAAAGCGCUGGAUGUCACACGAGAGUCUUUCCCGAAUGAUCUCCAGUUUACAAUUCUCAUGAGAUUUACUGUCGACCAGACACAGACACCCAACCUUAAGGUGAAGGUGGCCAUUCUGAAGUACAUCGAAACGCUGACGUUACAGAUGGAGCCUCAAGACUUUGUGAACCUCAGUGAGACUCGGCUGGCCGUCUCGCGCAUCAUCACCUGGACGACUGAACCCAAGAGCUCUGAUGUCAGAAAGGCUGCGCAGUCGGUGCUCAUCUCCCUGUUCCAGCUCAACACUCCAGAGUUCACCAUGCUGCUGGCAGCUCUGCCCAAAACCUUUCAGGACGGAGCCACCAAACUGCUUCAAAACCAUCUGAAGAACACUGGCAAUGUUGCACAAGCAACAAUGGGAAGCCCUCUGACACGACACACACCCCGAUCUCCAGCCAGCUGGUCCAGUCCAGUCACUUCCCCCACCAACACCUCCCAGAACACACCCUCGCCAAGUGCUUUUGAUUACGACACAGAAAACAUGAACUCGGAAGACAUCUACAGCUCGCUGAAAGGUGUCACUGAAGCCAUCCAGAACUUCAGCUUCCGCAGCCAAGAAGAUAUGAAUGAACCUGUUCAACGGCGGGAAGGAGAGGAGGGUGGCAGUGGGUCAGAUUUGAUGGACGGAGGCCGCAUGGCUCUGGACAACAAGACAUCUCUCCUGAACACUCCGCUGCUCUCCUCCAGCCCAAGAGGUGCCCGUGACUUUUCCGAUUCUCCCUUUAAACAAAGUCGUAAAGACACUGGCCUGGACGACUCGGAGCUUCUAACUGAUGACAGCAGUCUGGACCAGUCAGAGCUGGUGGCCGAGCUGCUGAAGGAGUUGUCAAAUCACAAUGAGCGAAUAGAGGAGAGGAAGGCUGCGUUGUGUGAGCUGCUGAAGCUGAUUCGCGAAAACACCCUGCAAGUGUGGGAUGAACAUUUCAAGACCAUCCUGUUGCUCCUGCUUGAGACGAUGGGUGACCGAGAGCAUGUGAUUCGAACACUGGCUCUGCGGGUGCUGAGAGAAAUUCUCAGCAAGCAGCCCUGGAGGUUCAAGAACUACGCAGAGCUCACCAUCAUGAAGGCCCUGGAGGCUCACAAAGACCCUCACAAGGAGGUGGUGCGCGCAGCAGAGGAGACAGCAGCCAUGUUGGCAUUGUCCAUCAGUCCAGACCAGUGUAUCAAGGUCUUAUGUCCCAUCAUCCAGUCAGCUGACUACCCCAUCAACUUGGCUGCCAUUAAGAUGCAGACCAAAGUGGUGGAGAGGUUUCCCAGAGAGGGUCUGGCCAGCAUGCUGCCUGAGAUAGUGCCAGGACUCAUACAGGGUUACGACAACUCUGAGAGCAGUGUGAGGAAAGCUUGCGUGUUCUGCUUGGUGGCCAUUUAUGCAGUGAUCGGAGAGGACCUCAAACCACACCUCGGCCAACUCUCCAGCAGCAAGCUGAAGCUGUUGAAUCUGUACAUCAAACGUGCCCAGUCCGGCUCCAGUGGCAGUGAACCCCCUUCUGAAGGUCUAUAGGAGACACUGUGCCCUCCCACAGGGCAAACCUAGAACUGCAACUCUGCCCACCAAACACAAAACAUCUGCCCAUGUGUUCACCUCCACACAGACCAAGAACAAAACUGACGUCCUAACAUUCUGUCACAUGAGCAAACUGCUGACACCUACACGUACGCUUGCACUCUGGACAGCAGAGUGAUGUUCACACAUACAUACACGCACUCGGUCUUCACGCGUGUGCUGCCACGCGACAAGACCCGGAGGAGAGGAGUGUUGGAGGGUUCACCUGGUCAUCGCUGCCUGAACUGAGUCCUUAAAUUUGCAUUAAACAUAAAGAAACGCUCACAUACAGUCACCCAUGUUUGUCAGUAAUCACUCAAGGAUGAAGAUAUGAAAUGUCCGUCCUCUCCUUUAUCGCUCAAACACAACCUUCUGAACGACAUCAACGUUUUUCUGUGAGUGGAGUUUAAUAUUCAUCCAACUGCACUGAGAGGAACUAACGGUGCCAUCUAGGUUUCCUUUAUCAGUGAGUAAGAGUGGCCAGGUAGAAAGGAUUGUGUUGUGUCACAGUUGGAUUUAAUCAGUGAGGUUUUACUGCAGCAGCUUUUAAUGUCAGGAGUCGUCGUGCUCACACACAGAUACACAGGUUUUCUUUCAAAAAGGUGCUUAUGAGCCAAAAAGGUACGACUGACCCGACCGACGCUACACAGUACUAACGCCAGUCACCGUGGAUCAUGCCUGCUCAUAGCAAACACAGUGCAGAGGCAGAUUCCAAAGUAUAUGAGGCGUUGUGUGCUCGCAUAUGCAUGAUACUAAAUUUAAAAGAAAAAUCGUUUUUAUCUGGAGUCUAUUCACAGUCAGAGUUAAAUGUGACUGGGGUUUUAAAUUGAUGUGAAAGUGUCCAACCCUUUCAGAUAACUCAGUGGUGUUGUCCAUUUCUCCCAGUUCAUCUUGGAUCAGUCCACUGGUGCGUGUUGCUAACUACAUAAAGAAUGACGUUGUGCAUAAGUAUCUAUGUAUCUUGUGAAAAUGGAUUACGCAGCAACAGUGUCAUUCAGGAGAGUCAUCCAGAGGGGUUGCACACGUGCACGCACGCACCUGUGCCCAUCCACAUGUUAGCUCUCGCUCUCUCUCUCUUUCUCUCUCUCGCUGUCUCACUCAUACUUAUUUUUCUCUGCUGAGAAAAUUGUAGAAAUGUAUUAUUUGCAGCUCAGAAAAAAAAGGAAAGUUGCAUCAGUAACAUCACCCUUUUCUUUCCUCUUCAUUGUGUCUUUCUUUCUUUGCUUCCCUUUCUUGUAACAUUCUAGUUUUCACUGUUUCCUCUGUGCAUUUACAAAGCUGUGCUUACAAUAAAGUAAAGAACUUGUACAGAUCAAAA